AUGCCUGACAUCAAAUCCCUGCUCUUUCCAUCAUGUUCCAGUGCCUCUGAAAUGCUCAGCUUUACAACCAUGACACCAACAAGUUGCUGUGAGGGUUUGAACAUGAGUACCCAGCCACACACAGUGACCAAGGCAGAGAUACCUGGCCACAUUCUUUACACCGUAGGAACAUGUGUGCUCAUUAUUGGCUCCAUUGGCAUAAUUGGAAACCUCCUAGUCCUCUACGCAUUUUACAGCAACAAGAAGCUGAGGACUCCCCAAAACUACUUUAUAAUGAAUUUAGCUGUGAGCGACUUCCUGAUGUCGGCUUCUCAGGCACCCAUAUGCUUUGUCAACAGCUUGCACAGAGAAUGGAUACUUGGAGACAUAGGCUGUAACUUGUAUGCUUUCUGUGGGGCUCUCUUUGGGAUAACCUCGAUGAUGACUCUGUUGGCUAUCACUGUUGACCGCUACCUGGUGAUCACAAAGCCCCUGCAGUCCAUCCAGUGGACUUCCAAAAGACGCACAGUGCAGAUCAUCGCCGUGGUGUGGCUCUACUCACUGGGAUGGAGUGUGGCUCCACUCCUCGGCUGGAGUUCCUAUGUGCCUGAGGGCUUGAUGAUAUCCUGUACAUGGGACUAUGUAACCUACUCCCCUGCAAACAGAAGCUACACUAUGAUUUUAUGCUGCUGCGUGUUUUUUAUCCCCCUGGUAAUAAUAUUCCACUGCUAUUUAUCGAUGUUCCUGGCCAUAAGGCGUACUGGCAGAGAUGUUCAAAAGCUGGGGUCCUGCAGCCAGAAAUCCUACCUCUCUCAGUCCAUCAAGAAUGAGUGGAAGCUGGCAAAAAUUGCUUUUGUGGUCAUCAUUGUGUUUGUCUUGUCCUGGUCUCCAUAUGCUUGUGUCACCUUGAUUGCCUGGGCAGGUCAAGGCAACAGCCUAACACCAUAUUCCAAAUCUGUGCCAGCAGUUAUUGCCAAAGCUUCUGCAAUCUACAACCCCAUCAUAUAUGCAAUAAUUCACCCAAGAUACAGAAAAACCAUCCACCAAGCUGUUCCCUGCUUGAGGUUCCUGAUUCGAAUAUCAAAGAAUGACCUUCUGAGGGGAUCCAUAAAUGAGUCAUCAUUCAGGACCUCUCUCUACAGCCACCACUCUCUUGCUGGCAAGACCAAGAGCACUUGUGUUUCCUCCAUUUCUGCUGGAGAAGCUACCUGGAGCAAUGUAGAGCUCGACCCUGUAGAGCCAGCUCAAGAAAAACUGAAACCUCACCGAAGUCAUUCUUUCUCCACAAGUCUGAGACAAGAGAAGAGAGACCUGCUCCCAAAGACCUGCAGCUACGAUGCAGCCACUGCCCAAAAGGUUUCACUCUCCUCCAGCUGUUUGGAAAAGGUGCUUGGACAGCCUGUCCUACCCAGUCCUUCUGCAGGAUGCAUGACCAGCUCCCUGAGAGCAACUUCUCUGCCUGUCAGAUUGAAUAGCAGCAGUGUCACUAGUGGAGACUCAAGUACUUCCCAUAUGGCAACUCAAGGAAAUCAAGGGAAUGGAGUUGUGGAUUCUCUCAUUAGCAAUGCAGUCCCUCGCAUCAUCAUCAUUCCUACCUCAGAGACCAAUCUGUUUCAGGAAGAACUGGAAGAGGAAGAGACUGAAUUAUUCCACUUUCAUGACAAAAAGGGCAAUCUGCUGGACUUGGAAGGGCUUAGCUCAUCCAUGGAGUUCCUUGAAGCUGUUGAGAAAUUUCUAUCCUAAGUUUGCCAAAAGAAAACUUUCUGGUAAUUAUUUUCUUGGCAUCUUCUCCACUUAAUUAUACCAAAUAACUGAAGCCUUGUAGGUUAGAUCAUCAGAUUUUUUUUUUUUUUUUUGUAUCUUUAUAUAGCAGUCACUAGG